UUGAAAAAAUAUGAGUAAAAACGGUUAAUUGCUGACUUUUUUGAAAAAAGUAAAAAAAAAAUUAUAUCAUAUAGGAUUAACAUUCCUUGGCUAACAAUCAUCACAUUGUUGAAAAGACAAAUUCUAUCCGACUGACUUCUUGAAAUCAAAUUUCGAAAAUAACUAUUGUUUUCGGACCCUGCUUUUGUAACUCUACAAACUUUGUGUUUGUGAUAAGUUUUUAUUCACUUCUUUUAAUUUAUAUUUUGAAUGUACAUAUCCAUAUAUUUGAUAUUUUAAUUUAUAUUUUAUUAUAAUUUUAUCUUAAAAUUUUUUGAGAAUUUGUCUAAUGUUGAAUUUUGGACGCGUUUAACAGUAAUUACAUUUAAUAAAGCAAAAAGUUGAAAUAAAUGGAAGAAGAUUACUAAAGUCGUAGCGUACGAACCGCUACGUAAAUAAUACAUUACCGGACAAAAAUUGCCGAAAAAUAUGGUUAGGUUAUUCCCAUCACUUUAUUACUUCUGCUGCACACGAAAACUAAUUCCUAAAUAUCUAAUAAAUAAACACCAAAAUUAGCCCGCGCCUCGCAAGCCGCUUGACUGAUACUGGCAGAUAGUAACGCACAAUUAAAAUGUAAUUAACGCGCAUUAAGCAAUAACAAACAAAUAGAGCGGCGCAUAGAAAAGGUUACACAGAAGGAUUUCACAGGAGGAAUUCAAAAAGUCGUAUCAAAACUAUCAAAAUUCGAAUUAAGUUUGUUAAAAAAACCGUGCGCUUUAAUUAUGGAGGAUUACAAAAGUUUAAAAUUUUUCAUCGGUUUCUUUACUGUUACUUUGAUGUUGUUAGGUUUGUCGCCAAAUACACUAUCCCUGCGCCAACGCCGUUUUUACACUUCGUACAUAAUGACAGUAUAUUCGCUGGUCAUAACACUGGUGUUUACAAUAUCUUAUGGUCACGAUGUCAUUAACGACUUACGAACAGGCCAGUUCGAUUUGAAAAAUGCAGUUAAAUUGUAUAGUUAUAUGAAUAUUUUAGCGAGCAUUAUAAGCUACUUAACCGCCCUCUGUCUAACAAGGAUUUGGGCGCAAUCUCUGAAUGGCGUCGCAUUGUUUGAGACUAUGCACUUCUUUGAUGUGCGUGCAAGGAUGGUAGUGAGUUCCAAUAGACUAGUAUUUCUUAAAAGUUUAUUAAUUCCCAUUAUGCAAGAAGUGACUUUGAUAUUGCAACAAAUGUAUAAUGAACCUGACAAGAAUCUUAUGUGGACUUUAUAUACUCUCCUGCCAAUGAUAGUGUCACAAAUGUUUCCCAACAUCUUUUUUGGGACUUUGGUAAUUAGCAAAUUGCUUGUGACAACAUUAAAUGAACAUUUAGGCGAAGUUGUCAAUGAAGUCAAUUGCUUGCAGACCGCCUUGCAGAUGAGUUUACACAAGCCAUUCUAUCGCAUGCAACGUUUCUGUGAACUAGCUGACCGUUUGGAUUUACUUGCACAAAAAUACAAAAUUAUUUGUGAGCAGACAACAAUACAUUUGCAGUUACAUUCUGUUCCACUAAUUUGCUCUUUGAUGUGCAAUUUAUGUGGCAUCACAGCUAGUUGCUUUACGCAGUAUUUAGCAAUUGCCGAUACAUUGGUUAACAAUGAGCCUUAUAACGUUUUCAAUGCUUUAACAAAUGCAGUUUUUCUGGUGAUAUCGGUGGUCGAGGUGUUAUUGCAAGCACAGAUCUGCGAUGAAAAUCGGCUGAAGGUGCAAGAGACAGGGUUGAUUCUUCAACGCAUUAGCCUUACACACGCAGACGUCCGAUUCAAGCAAUCGGUAGAAGAAUUUUCUUUGCUUGUUCUUGUAAUCAAAUAUAAAAUUCAGCCCCUCGGCCUCUUAGAAAUAAAUAUUUCUCUUUUCCAAGAUGUAAGUUUAUAUGAAAGUACGUGAAAGCAUUUGAAAUAGUAAUUAAUAAAAACUAUUACAUCACAGGUUUUAUCGGCGGUAACGGGCUUUCUACUCAUAUUCGUACAAAGCGAUCUUACGUUGCGCUUUUCAUUGAAGUAAAAAGCAAUAGAUAUACUACAUACAUAUGUAUGUGUAAACAUUGCGUGAAAUAUUUU